AUGUGGUACAAAGGACUGUUUACGAAUGUACCAAGUCCUGCUCACAUGUUUCAUAGUGAUGUUGUAAAAAUUAAUUCGUUUAAUAACGAACAUAAUCACCCUCUUACACCAAUGAUUUGUGAAAUAUCAUCACAAUUUCGUAAAUUAACGUCUAAAAUGUUGGCAGAUAUAGAAAAAUAUGUUAUUCAAGG